UGGCCCCUUCCAGGGGAAAUGCUGGAGGGCUGUUGGCCUGCUGCUGUUCUGCUGAACAGUAUGCAGUCCUUUCGGGAGCAAAGCAGUUACCACGGAAACCAGCAGAGCUACCCACAGGAGGUACACGGCUCAUCCCGGAUAGAAGAGUUCAGCCCUCGUCAGACCCAGAUGUUCCAGAAUUUUGGGGGUGCAGGUGGCGGUAGUGGCAGCAGUGGCGGCAGCAGCAGUGGUGGGCGACGAGGCACAGCGGCUGCUGCUGCAGCGAUGGCUAGUGAAACCUCCGGCCAUCAAGGCUACCAGGGUUUCAGGAAAGAAGCUGGAGACUUUUACUACAUGGCAGGCAACAAAGACCCCGUGGCCACGGGAACCCCGCAGCCUCCUCAGCGAAGGCCUUCUGGGCCUGUGCAGAGCUAUGGACCCCCCCAGGGGAGCAGCUUCAGCAAUCAGUAUGGGAGUGAGGGUCAUGUGGGCCAGUUUCAAGCACAGCACUCUGCCCUUGGUGGUGUGUCGCAUUAUCAGCAGGAUUACACUGGGCCUUUCUCUCCAGGGAGUGCUCAGUACCAGCAGCAGCCUUCCAGCCAACAGCAGCAGCAAGUACAGCAGUUGAGACAACAGCUUUACCAGUCCCAUCAGCCCCUGCCACAAGCCACUGGCCAGCCAGCAUCUGGCUCGUCCCAUCUGCAGCCAAUGCAGCGGCCCUCAACCUUGUCAGCCUCUGCUACUGGUUACCAGUUGAGAGUAGGUCAGUUUGGCCAACACUACCAGUCUUCUGCCGCCUCCUCCUCCUCCUCCUCCUUCCCUUCACCACAGCGUUUUAGCCAGUCUGGACAGAGCUAUGACGGCAGUUACAGUGUGAAUGCUGGAUCCCAGUACGAAGGACAUAAUGUGGGCUCUAACGCACAGGCUUAUGGAACACAAUCAAAUUACAGCUAUCAACCUCAAUCUAUGAAGAAUUUCGAACAGGCAAAGAUUCCUCAAGGGACUCAGCAGGGGCAGCAGCAGCAGCAGCAGCAGCAGCAACAGCAGCAGCAGCAGCAGCAGCAACAGCAUCCCCCUCAGCAUGUGAUGCAGUAUCCCAACUCUGCCACCAAGUUGCCCCUGCAGAGCCAGGUGGGGCAGUACAGCCAGCCCGAGGUUCCUGUGAGGUCCCCCAUGCAGUUUCACCAGAACUUCAGCCCCAUCUCUAACCCUUCCCCAGCUGCCUCUGUGGUCCAGUCUCCAAGCUGUAGCUCUACCCCCUCUCCUCUUAUGCAGAGUGGGGAGAAUCUCCAGUGUGGGCAAGGCAGUGUGCCCAUAGGCUCCAGAAACCGAAUUCUGCAGUUAAUGCCUCAGCUCAGCCCAACCCCAUCAAUGAUGCCCAGUCCUAAUUCUCACGCUGCAGGCUUCAAAGGGUUUGGACUAGAAGGGGUGCCAGAAAAGCGGCUGACAGAUCCUGGGUUGAGUAGUUUGAGUGCCCUGAGCACUCAAGUGGCCAAUCUUCCGAACACUGUUCAGCACAUGCUACUUUCUGACGCCUUGACCCCUCAGAAGAAGACCUCCAAGAGGCCCUCCUCAUCUUCUAAGAAAACAGACAGCGGCACAAAUUCGGAAGGCUCCUCGCAGGCUGAAGAACAGCUCAAGUCUCCGCUGGCAGAGUCUCUGGAUGGAGGCUGCUCCAGCAGCUCCGAGGAUCAAGGCGAGCGGGUGAGGCAGCUGAGCGGCCAGAGCACCAGCUCUGACACCACCUACAAGGGUGGAGCCUCAGAGAAAGCAGGCUCCUCACCAGCACAAGGCACUCAGAACGAAGCCCCCAGACUCAGCGCCAGUCCUGCAGCCGGAGAAGAGACCACCUCACCAGGUGCUAAGGACACGCCGGUGUCGUCUGAGGGCAAUCCCAAAGUCAACGAGAAGACGGUUGGGGUGAUCGUCUCCCGGGAAGCUAUGACAGGUCGGGUAGAAAAGCCCGGUGGGCAAGAGAAAGGCGCCCAAGAGGAGGAUCCUGCAGCCACUCAAAGGCCACCCAGCACUGGCGGGGCCAAGGAGACCGGCCACGCGUCCCUUCCACAGCCAGAGCCUCCAGGAGGAGGGAGUAAAGGAAGCAAGAACGGAGAUAACAACUCCAGCCACAACGGAGAAGGAAAUGGCCAGAGUGGGCACGCCACGGGGGGCUCUGGUUUUAUUGGCAGAACUGAGCCCAGCAAAUCUCCUGGGAGCUUGCGUUAUAGUUACAAAGAUAGUUUUGGGUCAGCUGUGCCAAGAAACGUCAGUGGCUUUCCUCAGUAUCCUUCAGGACAAGAUAAGGGGGACUUCCCUGGCCACGCGGAGCGAAAGGGUCGGAAUGAGAAGUUCCCCAGCCUCCUGCAGGAAGUGCUUCAGGGUUAUCACCACCACCCCGACCGCAGGUAUUCUAGGAGCGCUCAGGAGCACCAGGGCAUGGCCGGGGGCCUGGAAGGAGCCACGAGGCCUAAUGUCCUAGUUAGUCAAACCAAUGAAUUAGCGAGCAGGGGCCUUUUGAACAAAAGCAUUGGGUCCCUCCUAGAAAACCCCCACUGGGGCCCCUGGGAAAGGAAAUCAAGCGGCACAGCCCCCGAAAUGAAACAGAUCAACUUGGCUGACUAUCCAAUUCCCAGAAAGUUUGAGAUCGAGCCUCAGUCAUCAGCCCAUGAGCCCGGGGGUUCCCUCUCUGAGAGGAGAUCCGAUUGUGACAUUUCUCCACUAAGACAGAUUGUCAGGGACCCAGGGGCUCACUCACUGGGACACAUGGGUGCCGACACCAGACUUGGGAGGAAUGAACGUCUCAAUCCAAGUUUAAGUCAGUCAGUCAUUCUUCCAGGUGGGCUGGUGUCCAUGGAAACAAAGCUGAAGUCCCAGAGUGGGCAGAUAAAAGAGGAAGACUUCGAACAGCCCAUGCAAGCUAGCUUCAACAACAAAAAAUCUGGAGACCACUGCCACCCUGCCAGCAUCAAGCAUGAGUCUUACCGAGGAAACGCCAGCCCUGGGGCAGCAGCCCAUGAUGCCAUCUCAGACUACGGCCCACAGGACAGCAGGCCCAUGCCGUUGCGGCGGGUCCCUGGCAGAGUUGGUGGUCGGGAGGGCAUGAGGGGUCGGUCCCCUUCUCAGUACCAUGACUUUUCAGAAAAAUUGAAGAUGUCUCCUGGGAGGAGCAGAGGCCCGGGGGGAGACCCCCACCACAUGAACCCACACAUGACCUUUUCAGAGAGGGCCAACAGGAGUUCUCUGCACACUCCCUUUUCUCCUAACUCAGAAAGCCUGGCCUCUGCGUAUCACACAAACACUCGUGCUCACGCUUAUGGGGACCCCAAUGCAGGUUUGAAUUCUCAGCUCCACUAUAAGAGACAGAUGUACCAACAGCAGCAAGAGGAGUAUAAAGACUGGAGCAGCACUUCUGCUCAGGGAGUCAUCGCUGCGGCACAGCACAGGCAGGAGGGACCCCGGAAGAGCCCAAGGCAGCAGCAGUUUCUCGACCGAGUACGAAGCCCCCUGAAGAAUGACAAAGAUGGCAUGAUGUAUGGCCCACCGAUGGGGACUUACCAUGACCCGAGUGGUCAGGAGGGUGGGCGCUGCCUCAUGUCUAGCGAUGGUCUUUCUAACAAAGGCAUUGAGUUGAAGCACGGCUCCCAGAAGUUACAGCAGGAAUCUUGUUGGGAUCUUUCUCGGCAAACUUCUCCAGCCAAAAGCAGCGGUCCUCCAGGAAUGUCCAGUCAAAAAAGGUAUGGCCCGCCCCAUGAGACUGAUGGACACGGGCUAGCUGAGUCUGCACAGUCAUCCAAACCUGGUAAUGUUAUGCUAAGGCUUCCAGGUCAGGAGGAUCAUUCUUCUCAGAACCCCUUAAUCAUGAGGAGGCGUGUCCGUUCGUUCAUCUCUCCCAUUCCCAGUAAGAGACAGUCACAAGACGUGAAGAACAGUAACACGGAAGACAAAGGGCGCCUCCUUCACCCACUGAAAGAAGGCGCUGAUAAAGCGUUCAAUUCCUAUGCCCACCUUUCUCACAGUCAGGAGCUCAAGUCCAUCCCCAAGAGAGAAUCCUCCAAAGACCUUCCAAGUCCGGAUAGUAGAAACUGCCCUGCUGUUACCCUCACAAGUCCUGCGAAGACCAAAAUACUACCCCCGCGGAAAGGACGGGGGUUGAAGUUGGAAGCUAUCGUGCAGAAGAUCACCUCCCCGAACAUCAGGAGGAGCGCCUCCUCCAACAGCGCCGAGGCUGGGGGAGACACGGUCACUCUCGAUGACAUCCUGUCUCUGAAGAGCGGCCCUCCCGAAGCUGGGAGCGUCGCUGCUCCGGAUGCGGAGAUGGAGAAGAGAAAAGGUGCAGGGGUAUCUGACCUGGUGGGUCCCACCAGCCAGGAGUCGAGCGUGGAAAAGCCUCUGGCCCGGUCCUCAGAGGAGUGGCGCGGCGGUGGGGACGACAAAGUGAAGACCGAGGCACACCUAGACUCGGUUACUGCUGGAAAGGAACCCGCUGGUGCCAUGACGUCCGCAACCUCACAGAAGCCUGGGAGUAACCAAGGGAGACCAGAUGGCUCCCUGGGCGGGACAGCACCUUUAAUCUUUCCUGACUCCAAGAAUGUGCCUCCAACGGGCAUCCUGGCUCCUGAGGCGAACCCCAAGGCUGAAGAGAAGGAGAACGAUACAGCGACCAUCUCCCCCAAACAGGAGGGCUUCCCCCCGAAGGGUUACUUCCCAUCGGGAAAGAAGAAGGGGAGACCCAUUGGUAGUGUGAAUAAGCAAAAGAAACAACAGCAGCCACCGCCUCCACCCCCUCAGCCCCCUCAGAUACCAGAAGGUUCUGCAGAUGGAGAGCCAAAGCCAAAAAAGCAGAGGCAAAGGAGGGAGAGACGGAAGCCUGGGGCACAGCCAAGGAAGCGGAAAACCAAACAGGCAGUUCCCAUCGUAGAACCCCAAGAACCCGAGAUCAAACUGAAGUAUGCCACCCAGCCACUGGAUAAAACCGAUGCCAAGAACAAGUCCUUUUUCCCUUAUAUCCAUGUAGUAAAUAAGUGUGAACUUGGAGCCGUUUGUACAAUCAUCAAUGCUGAGGAAGAGGAGCAGACCAAAUUGGUGAGGGGUCGGAAGGGUCAGAGGUCCCUGACCCCUCCACCCAGCAGCACGGAGAGCAAGGCGCUCCCAGCUUCGUCCUUCAUGCUGCAGGGACCUGUGGUGACAGAGUCCUCUGUUAUGGGGCACCUGGUUUGCUGUCUGUGUGGCAAGUGGGCCAGUUACCGGAACAUGGGUGACCUCUUUGGACCCUUUUACCCCCAAGAUUAUGCAGCCACUCUCCCCAAGAAUCCGCCUCCUAAGAGGGCCACGGAAAUGCAGAGCAAAGUUAAGGUACGGCACAAAAGCGCUUCAAAUGGCUCCAAGACGGACACUGAGGAGGAGGAAGAGCAGCAGCAGCAGCAGAAGGAGCAGAGGAGCCUUGCCGCCCACCCCAGGUUUAAGCGGCGACACCGCUCGGAAGACUGUGGCGGAGGCCCCCGGUCCCUGUCCAGGGGGCUCCCUUGUAAAAAAGCAACCACCGAGGGCAGCAGUGAAAAGACUGCCUUGGACUCAAAGCCCUCCGUGUCCACCACUUCAGAAGGCGGCCCCGAGUUGGAGUUACAAAUCCCUGAACUACCUCUUGACAGCAAUGAAUUUUGGGUCCAUGAGGGUUGUAUUCUCUGGGCCAAUGGAAUCUACCUGGUCUGUGGCAGGCUCUACGGCCUGCAGGAAGCGCUGGAAAUAGCCAGAGAGAUGAAAUGUUCCCACUGCCAGGAGGCUGGCGCCACCUUGGGCUGCUACAACAAAGGCUGCUCCUUCCGAUACCAUUACCCGUGUGCCAUUGACGCAGAUUGUUUGCUCCAUGAGGAGAACUUCUCGGUGAGGUGCCCCAAGCACAAGGUGAGACUGUGGAGAUGAAAGGUGGUGGAAACUCGUGCUGGAAUGGAAAUGGCCCUCCUGUGCCGCCACACCCCACCCCGCCCCGCCCCACGUGCCUGCCCGUGCCAGCACUUCCUUCCUAAGUUUGUACAUCACUCUCAAACCGGUGACACCACAGGAAAGAAAGACCCAAGAAGUCGGAAUGGCUGUUUCCAUGGACACAAUCUCCAUAGUGACAAUGUGGGGGGAGGGGGAGGGGUGGGAUGAUGGGAAAGGGUGGGGGGAAUUAAAAGGGAGGGAUAAAAAUAUAUAUAUAUAAAUCUAUUUUUAGUCUGGAAAGACUUUGUUUAAAUGAAAGGUGCGCUAUCCCUUUUGAUUCUAUUUUAAAAUUAACUCCAAAUUUGUUCUAAUAACAGUGAAAUUUAAAUGUGAAAUUGAACUGAACAAACUCAUCUCACAAGGACAGGGGUGGCUUAGAUCCUUAGCCCAGCUUUCACAGUUCAGAGACUCUAGACCCGGGGUUGGGAGAGCAGACCAACCACAGCAAACCAUUCCUUUGUCAUGAAUUUGCCCCAAAGUGGGAAAGUCGAGGGGGAGGGAAGUGGGGAUGGUCUGUGCUUUCAAGAGUGGGAGAAUGAUGUUUAAACACAAAAAUAAAAUCGUGCUCAUUUCCAGAAACACUAUUUAUUUAUUAUUCUUUAAAAUUUUUCUCUCUCUUAGGGGGUGAAAUUGGCAGAUGCCCCAAGGUCAUAGUUGUGGCCUGUGGGGGCCCCAAGCGUCCCGUUAAGUGGCUCAGCCAGCAGGGUCAAGGGCUGGCAGCCUCUGGGCAUGUUCCAGGCAGCUGUGCCCUGAACCCCCAGGACAGACAGGCAGAACCGAAGCUGUAGGAGUGGACACGGGGAGGGACAGUGUCAGGUGCCAUCAUGUGGGGUCAGCUGACCAGGAACACCCACUCUACGCUUUUUUCUUUUGCUUUCAUUUUUAUAAAGGAAAAGGGGGCCUGCCAGUUGAGCAGCCCCAUGCUACAUGAUUCUUUAUGUUGUAUUGUUGUUUUGUUUUGUAAAUUGUAUAAUUUUUAAAUGUCUUGGUUUAAAAAAAAAAUACAAAAAAAAUCUUGUUAAGGCCUUAAGAAGGGGUUAGUGCAUCUUUCAGGGGUCACUCUGCCGUGGGGAUAAAAUAGCUGUUUCACAAACAGUUUUAUUUAAAAAACAAAACAAAAAAAUCAAAAAAAUAAUAAACUUCAUUUUAACCUUG